ACAUCAGACCAACACAGAAAUACCAGAUCAGACUAUUGUAAGUCAAUUCCAAAGAACAAUCCACAAAAAACUCACCUGAAUUCAUUCCUUCUGAUGAACACUCAAUGAAUCUUGCUCUCAAAGUGGCCACAUCUUUGCUGCAGUCUUGUUGUACUGCCUGUUCACCUUCAGUUAGCUGGGUGUUUGUCACCCCAGGUUGGGUUUUCUCCCUUGAUUGUGCCUGCUUCAAGCGCAAGAGCCAUGGUCCUGGAUCAGCAUUUGAACCCCAAACUUCCACCUUCUGCAAACUCUUGUCCAUUUCCCAAUAUUCAGACAAGUGAAAACCUGCUUUUGAGUCAACCAGAAGCUUGGGUUUACAACACAGAUGUACCAAUGUUUCAAAACCCUGGAACUGCCACAUGUUUGCAAGAUCUACAACCUUCUCUGACCAAUUAUGCUUUGUCAGAGAAUCAAUUCACUGGUCCAGACCAGCCAAUCCCUUUAACUUCAAACUUCAUGCCACAUGAAACUGUUCAGCCCACUAGCACACCAAUGACCUCAUUGAUCCCUCCAGCAACCUUGUUGGUACCUUAUCCAGUUGUGGUCCCGUUACCAGUGCCGUUGCCCAUACCAAUCCCAAUCCCUAUCCAAAUCCAUCAGAGUUUAGACUCAAAAGCUUUUAUUAAAACUUCCAGAAUGGGUUAUAUGAUUGACAAAAGCAUGCAGACCUCACCUAAAAUCUCUUGCUGUACCAGUAGCAUGGCCUACCCCAUAUUUCCACAUACCCCAACAGAGUCUCAGGACGAGGUGCUAGACCUCUCACUUAAAGCAACCCAAAUCAAGCAGGAACAUUUGUUAUCUGCUUCACCAAAUUCACCACUGGAUCUAUCCUUGGUAAGCUCAAAUAGUAGAUGUUGGCAUGAUGAUAUGAAUGGACAAAACACACAAUACAAAGAGGCAAUACAUGAAGGCAAUGGAAACAACAUCACAGGUUCAACGUAUGAAGACUACAAUGGCAGGAUUGUGCACUCAACUAAAACAGUCAAAGUCUUCGUGUCGCCCACAGAGACUGUUCUUGCCACUUUCUGUGACAAACGAAGAGGUUUCUCACAGGACUACAUGAUAAACUUACCCAUGAAACCAGACAGGAGCCAAGAUAUUGGGCCACAGGACAGCUUUAGUAGAUCAUCCCGAGCUACACUACAGAGUAAACUACAGAGAAGUGUACAUUUCAAAAGGGACGGGUCACAAAAAAAUGUAUGGGAAAACAUAUAAGAAAGAGAAUCUGGCUUCUUUUCUGCCCAGAAAAUAGAUGAAAAUAAGCACAUGCUAUGUAGAACUAGUUUUUGUGUUGCAGACUAUUUCAAAACCUGUUUUUUUUUUUUUUUUUUUGGACAAGGAAACCAUGUUAUAAUAAACUGUAGUCAUAAUAUAGAGCAUUAAAAACUGA